UGCUCAGUUUGGAACAAGUGUUUCGAGGGAAAUGCAGUCCGUGAAAGUGAUCUUUGUUCUGUCUGUGACCCUGGCGGUUGCCUUUGCUAACCCGAGGUUGCCGCCCGGUGCCCCGAAGCCGCUGGAUGGAGAUGACUUAUCCAAGGCUAAGGAGCUCUUGGACACAACGCUCGCCAAACUUGCCACAGGAGAUGGUCCCAAUUAUCAGGUAGUGAAUGUGAUCUCGGCAUCUAGCCAACUGGUGGCUGGGUCGCUCUACAAAUUCGAGGUGAAGCUGUCCAACGGAGCCGAGACCAAGGAGUGCAACGUAAAGAUCUGGGACAGGCCAUGGCUGCAUGAGCAGGGGGAGGCCACCAAUGUGAAGGUCCAGUGCAAGGAUGAAGAUGUGCUCGAGAAGACCUGGUAGGGCGUCAUUGCUGUGUUUAACCAUACAAUUUGCAAUACAAUAAAGGUGCAAUCUCUGGUGCUUGAGAAAUGGGACAAUAAUUUUUCGAAGCUUGCCUACUCCGGUGACUCCCAGAAAUGAUUGUGCUUAUAUCAUGAACUGUGAUAAUUAAUUUGUGCGGAUUGUGCAGUAACCAGUUUUUCUUUAUAUUUAAAACAAAAUGUUAUCACGUCUGUGUGAAUAACUAGCUAGAAGGCAAAAACCAAACCCAAGACGUCUUAACCGAUCUUUUGGCGAUACUUGCGAACUUUCUUUAGGAUAUGCAAUUUAUUUAUACAUUUAUUUUGUAGGCACAAAAUUAAAUGCUAUUGGUUCUGCUUAGCCUGUUAUUCCUGUU